CGGCCUGAUAUGGGGUGUUAUUGACCUGCCUGUGUGUGUGUGUGUGUGUGUGUGUGUGUGUGUUAUCAGUGUUCCAUUAGCAGCCCCUUAAGUUGUCUGCGUCAGGCUGCCGCCCAACCCGCCAUCAGGCUGAGUGAACCGUCAGCGCGGGCAGGAUGGCGUUGCCGCCACAACACGACCGUCAAGGAAAAGGCGAUCUUGGUCCUGGAGGCGAGAGGCAAGAAGGGAGGUUAGCCACGCACAAGAAGACCCGUCAAAGAACAACACGCUAUUACGAGUUGCUGGCCAAGGCGGUGGGCGUGCUGGAGGCGAAGGACGGCGAGAAGCUCCUGGAGACAAGUUACUACCUUCCUAUCCGUUGUGCCAUCGCCUCGGGCCUUCAUCUCGUGCGCAGGCAGCCAGACGGGUCCUAUGCUGUGUGCAAGCUGACGGUGGUGCCCGCCGUGCUGCUGUAUAUCGGGGCCUGCACGCUGGCGUUGGGCAACAUGGGCAUCAAGAUCUACCGCGGCCUCUUCACCUUCAACACCAUGGUGAUGGUGAUGCCCAUCAUCAUAGGAUGCAUCUUCAUCGUCCUGAUAUGCGCCGUGCUGCUGAGCAAGACCACCUGCACCGUGCGCUACAUGGAGUCGCUGCAGGAGGCGGGGCUGGCGGCGAGGCCCACGCUGAAGGCAAAGGCUUGUGUGACGGUGUCCUUCAUCUUUGCCGUCCUCAACUCGUACAUCACUCUGAGCCUCAUUCCCGAUUCCUCACGCUACCUGAUGCAGAUCAUCCUUCCGGUCCUGCUCAACUCCCUCGUGCCCUACCUGCUGGACAUCUACAUCUGGGUGUUCACGAGCGGCCUGGGCUACUCCUGGGCUAAACUGGAGACACACGUGCUGGAGAAGACGCAGUGGUGGCCGGCGGACGUGGAGACUGUGGCGGCGACCUGGCUCACCUUGACUCGCCUGCUGGCCCUGCACAACCAGGUGUUUUGUGUGGUGAUGACCAUGCGCCUGCUGCUAUUCGCGCUGGAAAUGCUGUCGCUGCAGUACGGCCUGGUGGACGUGCGCGGGACGGACGACACGGUCCUCCUGGGGCUGCUGGCGGCCUCUGAGCUGGACGUGGUGCUCAGGGCUCUCACCAUUGGCGCCCUCGGGGAACCACUGAUGGAGGCCCACGAGGGCGUCGUGGCCGCGCUGCGGGAGGCCAUUAGAUGCGCUGCGUGGCAGGACGACAGUGGCGAAAGCGGUAUCAGUGACUAUAACACCCAAGGCGGCGGUGCCGGGAUGCAGAAGCACCCCUUGGACAAACACCGUGAGAAAGACAGGCCUGCUGCAGAGGAAAUGGUAGAGGGGGGAGAGUGCACAAGUGUCCCCGGGAUAGGUCAUGGCAAGGACAGAGAUGACAUUGCCCAAGUCCAAGGAGUCAAGAAGAGAGUGGGUCCGCCUGAGGGAGGAUGGAAACAGCGCGCCGUGACCCUCGCGGCGCUGCACCGCCUCGCCCAGCACAUGGAGGCACGCCCCGCACACCUACACGUCUUCGGCAUGGGCAGGUGAGCCAUUCAAUAGUGUCAAGCAUCGCGUGAUUAACCGUGACUUCAGAAACUUUUGUCCUUCCGUUCAGAAGGGCUGAGAGUUUAAUUCGCCAAUAGAACUAAUUUAUAAUAUCGACGGGAGA